GAAUCCUGUGGUCAUUCAAGUCAAUGUAGUGGCUCUGCUAAUGCUACUAUUUGUAAAUUAUUGGGGAAAACAUCAGUGUGUUAUUGUACUGCAGACAUGCUGGAGUUCAAUGGACAAUGCUUGAAAGCUGGACGACAAAUACUGCAAUCUUGUUACCAUCAAAGUCAGUGCACUGGAACUGAAAAUGCUACCGUCUGUAAAUCAAUUGGAUUAGGAUCUGUAUGUGUUUGCAGGGAAGGCACUGUAGAGUAUGACGGACGAUGCCUAGAAAGUGGGAAGAAAAUGUUCCAGACCUGUGAUUCAGAUAUUCAGUGCACUGGUACACCACACGGAGGAGUUUGUGGGGAGAAUAACACAUGUACCUGUGACAUUGGCUUCAUUCAAAUUUAUAACGAAUGUGCAAGAGGAAAUGUCACAUUGGGAUCCCCGUGUAUAAAAUCUUCUCAGUGCACAGGAACAAAACAUAGUAGUCGAUGUAUAGACGGUGAAUGUUUUUGUAAUGACGGUUUUAGAAAGAUUUCAUUGCCAGAGAGAACAGAGGACUUUCACUUAAUGGCACCGAUUCUCUGUGAUGUUGAUGAUAGCCAUCCCAACACGAAUGCAGUACACAAUGGGAUCAGAACUCCAACGGUAUUUGGAAGAGAUUAA